CACCCUCCUGCCAUGGCCCGGCUCGUACCUAGCUGCCGAGCCACCCUCUGAGGCCACCCCGCCACCCUCCUGCCAUGGCCCGGCUCGUACCUAGCUGCCGAGACACCCCCUGAGGCCACCCCGCCACCCUCCUGCCAUGGCCCGGCUCGUACCUAGCUACCGGGCCACCCUCUGAGGCCACCCCGCCACUCUCCUGCCAUGGCCCGGGAUGCCUGUGAGGCAGCAGCGGAUGGGGAGCUGGGGGAGGACAGCCUGUCUGUGAUAACCUGUGAAUCGGAGAGAGAAAUGAAGUUGAGGAAGAAAAUUUUUCACAAGCCUGCAAAGUCACCGAAGUCUCCAUACAGCUCUAGCACACAAUUGUAUCCUAAAAGAGUUGCAGCUUGGCGAACUCUACCGGGAACAAGCAGUGCACGUCUUGAGACUGCAGCUGUAAAAAACGCAAGGCAGAUGUGGCUGGGAUCACUGAAACAAGGAGUGAGCCAUCCUCUGAAAUCAGAUAUUGAUGUGGGGCCUAUGCGAACUAAUGUCUCUAGUAACACUCCAGAAUAUUUGAAGGAAGCUCUAGGAAUGAAGAAGCCAAAACAUUCCCGUUCUUCUAGCAAUGGCUAUAUUCCUGGAACUCCUGACUAUAAAGAAAAGGAAGAUAUGUAUGAUGAAAUUAUAGAACUGAAAAAGACAAUACAAGCUCAGAAGACUGAGGGACAUCGAUUGAAGACUAAGCUGCGGCGCCUGGAAGAAGAAAACAGUCGGAAGGAUAAGCAGAUUGAACAACUGUUGGAUCCUUCCAGGGGCUCUGAGCUGGCACGAGCUUUGUCAGAAAAGAAGAGUAAUAAUGGAUGGGUGGUUACUGGAUUAAAGCAGAAGAUUCUCAAGCUAGAACAACAGUGCAAGGAAAAAGACAACACUAUUAACAAAUUUCAGGCAGACAUGAAGACCACUAAUUUGGAGGAAAUGAGGACAGCUAUGGAAGCCUAUUCUGAAGAGGUUCAUCAUCUCCAACUCCUCCUGGCAAAAUCUGAGACUAUAAGGAAAAACACAGAGAACAGAGAUACCCAAAAACGACUGAAGGCACUGAAUGCUUCUGUCUUGAGAUUAUCCAGGAGCAUCAAGGAAUUGCAGACUGAGAAUCAGAGACUGAAAGAAGAUCUAGAUCAUGUACUGAGCAGCCCUCCUCUUUCCAGUAAAACAAAAAAUUACAGUGAGUGGAGCAGACAGAGGCUGGUGAGGCGGAUUUCAGAACUAGAAAAAAAAGUAAGUGCCAUGGAGAGCACCACGGUAUCAUCAGCAGAUAGUGACUCAUCACAGUUACUUGCUGUGUCAUCUUCGCCUUCUGUAGACCAGAAUCAUCCAGCUCCUCCACACCUAGACCAUGCUGAGGAAUGUCAUCGCCUGCAAGGCCUAGUGAAGAAACUGAAGAGUGAUAAGAAAACACUUCAAAAUCUCCUACUCAAUAAAGAAUUAAAUAUCAAGCAGUUACUGCAGGCUAAAGCUGAAGUGGAGCUGGAGCUGUGGAAGUGGCAGAAUAAAACAGAAGGAGAGACUACAGAAGAGCAGACUUUAAGUGAUGAAAUCCAGAACUUGUCACAGAAAGUGGGGGAAUUUGAGUCAGAAUUGGAGGAAGAGAAGAGAGAAAUAGCAGAAGAUACAACAGAAAAGAUUAAUGAGUUUUCACCAGUCUGCCCAGUUAGAGACAAUGAAGAUCACAGGAAGGAGCAAGCAGCCAAAAUCAUCCAGCGAUGGUGGAAGCUGUACCAAAACAAGAAAGAAGAAAUGGCUCUGGAUGAGGCAGUAGUUAUGCUUCAGGCAGCUUUCAGAGGACACUUAGCUCGCCAGAAACUGUUACAGAAUAACAGGAUGUGCCAUGCAAAGUCUGACAACAAGAACUCCUGUAUGCCUUCCACAUCAAACUCCUUGAACUUGUCUUCUCAUUGCAAGGAGAAAGAUGAGACUGUAACGUUCAUCCAGUCCAUUUUCAGGGCUCACUUAGCUCGUGCAGCACUGCUUGAGGAGAGGCCCUCUGUGUCUAGUGUGCCAAGUGAGAAAGCAGAUUGUGCAGUUGACUUUACAGAGGAGAAACCUGUUUCAGCAGUGCUCCAGAGACGACCUUCAAUCUUCAUGUCACCUCUUCCUGCCAGGUCCUCUGAGAAGCGAUCCCAGCCUGCUCCCCCUCUGCCUGUGGAUGAAGCUCACUCAGAUGAUUCAGAUGAUAUUGUCAUUGUCUCUCCACUGGUGCAGAUGAAGAAAAACUACAGCCACACUUAAAUUUUGGUAACAGGCUCUGAUGAUAUCAAAUUACUUGAUUCACAGAACUACUUCUACCAAGGUGAAGCAUAUCAAAGGUGAAAAAGGGGAGAGAUCAGCCCCUUUUUAAUGACACUUGUUACUAUUUCAGCUAUUAAUAAGUAGUUGCUUGACCAAAAGCCACUGACUGUGCCUUCAGAUUCAAAAACUACACCAAAACACUUUUAGUAUUUUAUCUCACAAUGAGGAUUAUAAAUUCAAUUGCCAGAAUUUAAAUGAAAGCAAUAAAGCUCUAAGCUAUUUCAUGUCAAAGUUUCAUUUCAGGUCAACUGAAAUAAUUUAAUUGGAAAGUGGUUAAUGACAUGGCUCUAGUUUUCAGCCUGGAUAUGUGAAGGGGAGCUGCUUUUAUUUGUUACCAGGUCCUCUCAAUUUAAAUUUUUUUAUUCUGAUAUUUUAAUAUCUCUGUUUAUUUUUGUACUGAACACUUACAGUCUGUGCAGACCUUGUGAAGGCUUUUAGAAAGCCAUUUCUUUGUCACAGGGCUAUUGUAGGCCUACUAUAUCAGCAGGAUUAUUUUAUUUAUUGCUUUUUCCAAGUGCUUGCUAUGAUGUGUACAGAACUGUGUUGGAUUUGAGAUGUCCAAUGAUGUAAUCAAUCAUCUGUAUUUUUCAGAGGUGGUACAUUAUAGCAGGAGUGUUCUAUGAAAGGUACUGUGUGACUGCUUUUCCUGCUUACAUAUCACAAGUAGGAGUGGAUUAUGCAGGGUCAUCUCUGGUAUGUGAAAGCAUUUGCCAUUGGAGAUCUAUAUAUGUGUAGUGAAUGCACAGUAAGUCCAGGCAGAGGCUGAGAGAGAAAUUAUGAUAUGAAGCCAUCUUCUGUCAUUAAGCAAAGCUAUGAUGUUGACUGCUGGAAAGGUAAGCACUCCCCGCUCUAUGCUGAGGGCUAUGGAUUAGGAUAAACCUAAAUCUAAUUUAUGCAUCUUGGUUUAGGAACAGAAGUCCUAGGUUGGAUUAUAGUAGAAAUUAAGAUUAUGUCCAGAAAAAACACUGUGAUACUGUUGUUGUCCAUGGAAAGAGUAAAGCCACAGGAGGUUGUGGAGAAUGUGGUCAGAAAGGUCUUUCCAGAUCUUUGACAGGCAUUGCAAUGCAUGUGAGGUUUUUUAAGGUGAACUAGAUAAAUUUAUAUGAUACUUACUGAAAGAAUUGAAUUUUACAAACACACAGUGAAGUUUUUGUGGAGCCCCUAAUGGUUUCUUUUGUCAUCAAGGAGUAAUAAAGACUCCUGCAAACAGAAAGCACACUUUUAAAUGUAAGAUUCUUAUCACCUUCUCCUCCUUCUUAUUUAAAUUAAAAAUCAGUCACCACUGUUUCACAGAAUAUUAAUAAGUCAGAGCUGUCUCGGUUCUUUGAUUUCAAUGAAGCACUAUCUCAGGCUUAUCAUAGCUCAUGCCAGUACUUGCAGCCAGAGAGGAAACUGGAUGGCUGAAGCACAAUGCAGCUGAUUUCAUUUAAUCCCAUCAGUGGAAAUGCCGCCUGUGCUCUUUCCAAAGGCAGUUUUGGGAGCUCUCCAUACCCAAAGCCAUCUGAAGAAUGUCACUUACACUCCCAUUGGAUAAAUUUUUCCUGCUGGUACUUUGUCAUGUGACUGUCAUCUGCAGAAAGGGUAAAUAUAUAUCCCUGUUAUUUCUUUUAUAUAUAUAUAAAAAUCCUGUUGGCAGAAGCUGAGCCCUGUUUACUCCUCUUUCUGGAUGUCAUGUUACUGAAAAGAGUUGUUUUGCUGAAUAGCAGUAGGCUAAUGCCAAGUUGUUUAUGUAUCAUAUUUCAAGUCUGUAAUUGUGACUGUCAUGGAUACCUCCAGAGAGGGUAACUGGAACCACGUUAGCUGGAGAGUGUGUAGUAUGUCAGGACCAAGACUGGUAUCAGAUAUCUGCCUACCUGUUAUCCUAUAAGGGAAUACUUGGGCAACAAAUACAAUGCAGAUGACUUUCUUUUACGUUGUUGUAAUGACAAAGAGAAACUAUUGGGAAGUAGAGAGACUUGGGUUUAAACUGAAUAUAUGCCUGGCAGUAGUGCUGUCAAUAGACAAGCUCUGGGGUAAAGGAGGGAUGGUAUGACUCAAGCCACAGACAGAAGCCAGGGUGAAAAGCAGUAAACAUUUUCUGGGAUGAAAUGUGUCUGUAGCUUCCUCAGUUUGAGCCUGCCAUCUCCUAGCUGUUAAACAAUUAAUACAUAACUUGAGCCAGGCUUCAAAUUCAUAUCCUGGUUAGGAAGAUAACUGUGCCUACUGCACAGCAGAAAUUUGGUGUGGUACAGCAGAAAGAGAGACCUUCCCAGUGUGAAAUAGUCAUUCAUCUUGUUUUGUUAUGUAGUGUGAUGAAAGGAGUAGUAAGUGGCAGUAGGUUUUGCUCUCCAGUUAUCUGGGAGGAAGUGGAACAUCUGGAACAUCUACCUUGUGAGGGAAGGCUGUGACAGCUGGGUCUGUUUAGCCUGGAGAAGAGGCAACUGAAGGAGGGUCUCAUUAAUACUUAAAAAUAUCUAAAGGACAAGUGCCAGGAGGGUGGAGUAAGCCUUUUCUCAGUGGUGUCCAGUGGUGGGACAAUGGACACAAACUGGAACACAUAAAUAAAAGGAAAAAAUCUUCACUCUGAGAAUGACAGAGUACUGGAAGAGGCACCCAGAAAGGUUGUGGAGUCCCUGUCUCUGGAGGCAUUCAAAAGCCACCUGGACAUGUUCCUGGGGGAUUUACUCUAGGUUAUCCUGUUCUAACAUGGAAACCAGACUAGAUGAUCUUCAGAGAUCCAUUCCAACCCCUACUACUCUCUGAUUCUGUGAAGUGUGGAAGGAGGAGAAAAGCAAAAUUAAUGUUGCAGCAAGUGUCAUUUUUCCUUAGUAUGGAGCUAAGGAGGGUAAAAUUUGGUGUAGCCCCCACCCGUAAAGGUAGGCCAAAUACAGAGCAGCAGUUUCUGACUGAGACAUCUUCUGUAGAAAGCUCUGGUAACCUUGUGGGGGCAUCAAGGUCUUAAAUUAGAAUUAAACUCCACUGUAACCUGCAUCUUCUAACAGCACACUUUCCAUUCUGGUAGGUCAUCCUGUUGCCUACUUCAAACCCACUGCAGUUUGCAGUGGUGUGUAGUUAGAGAUGGUGUGUGAGCACAGACACCUGGCUUCCCUGGGACAUUAUCACUCUUGAUCUCUUUUUGCCCUUAAGUGCCUAUUAAAUCUUUACUGAGGCAUCAAGACCCAAAGACUGUAUUCAUUUCUGCAUAGCUGUAGAAGUAAUCCCUGCCCAGGCAACUUCUAAUGUAGCUGAAAUGGCAGAGGAUUAGUCUUGGCACGUGAGAGCACCAUUAUUUUUUGUCUUUUGAAAACUCUGCAAAUCUUUCCUGUAACUUAUUUUAGGAUCUUCUGAAAGCUAAAGCAAUUGCAAUGUCUCUUCUCCUAAUGGCUGAACUUUCAAAUAAAGUUUGCAGAUCAAUAGUUAGUGGCUUUCAGCCACAGCUGUUGUGUUGGCAUUGCUCCUCUGGCCUCUGCUGCACGCUCCUCUUGUUUCCACUUCACACUAAGGUUGACCUUUUACCUCUGCCUGUUUUCUUGAGCUGAUAGUAACACGAUAACUCUUUAACAUGCAGGGUGUGAAAUUUCUUCUUCGGUGCACAGCCAGCAUUGUCCCAUCAGGAAUGAACCAUGUUCUUGACUGAAGCUAGGCUUAACUGAAGGAGGUGAUGGGCUUUUGUCUUCUGGUGUUUUGUUCACAAAGGAAAUCCUGCUGAAUAAUUCUCUGACUCAAAGCCAUGCCACUGCCUCAAAUGUAGCUGGGUUUGUGCAGAGUACAAAGUGUUUCAUUUAUACUUUCUCCUCGAUGGUUGUGCUGCAUGCUACUUGUUGCACAGUCACACUGACCACUUACCAAGGCAGGGAAAUUCACAUAAAAGAAAUGGUUGUGCCAAGCGGUUCAGAAUAGGCUGCUAGAGGAAAAAAGCAUGCCUGAAUACAUUAUUGGCACACACUGCUCAGAAGCCUGAUGUAGGAGGAGUGAAGAAUGGAUAGCCAGUGUUCAGACUCACCAGGGCCACAGUGCUCUCCCUAUGGUAGGGUAUGAUAGUGCUAUAGACAUGAGAGGAAAAAAAGGCUGAAAGUGGUCUGCUGCCAGCUGCAGGGAGAACAGGAGUCUACAGGGUUUGAAGACCGCCACUCUUUUUUAUGGUGUUAUCUUCUUGCCUUGUUGGUUGUUGCUGUAUGUGCAGCUCUGGUGGAAGGAGUUUGGACAUCUGCUUUCCUUCUAGAGUCCACUGACAAAGCCUUAAGGUAUCCCCAGGACAAACAAGCCUUAUGCUGCUUUAUGAAGAUAGAAGACCUUGCUAACUGCUGUGAAGACAUGGGAAUCCUGUAAUCAUUUUCCUAGCAAGCAGAGUCCUUGUUGUAGGACUAAAAUAGCCAUAAGAGUAUGAGAUGAAUCAUUCUGUUUGAUUAAUAUAUUACCUAAAUUUCAUGAGUUUGUUCUUUCCACUCUACAGGCACAUUCUCUGGGUUUGGUAGCAGAAACUUGUGUUUGAAAUGUUAAGCACCAGAAGUAAGUCAAGUAGCAUGAAUGGAGAAAUUUUGAGAUGAUUUCUUGGAGCAUACUAGGUUUCAGUUCAUUUGUAAGCAAUGAAGAGUUGGCACUAGUUGUAUUAAACCAUACUUUGGCUUCAUCUGAAGUCAGAAUACCCUUGAUUUCUGCAAGCUUUGCAGUGCCUGUCUGUGAUAGGUUUGCAAGCUAAUUACUUUCCCCAUGUGAACUUACAAGGGAAAAAAAGCUUUGUUCACUUAAUGGGUUUUCUUUAGACCUGCAAAGAGCAAAACAUCCAGGUUAGAUUCCCAAUUACUAAGGAAGGAUUUUCAGGCAUAGUUGGUGGUCUGGUGCUGCAUCAGUUCUUCUGACCUUUCAUUCUGACAUUUGCUGAUGUAGUUCUUUGCCUAGUAGAGAUGUCACUGACAUCGGUCUGAACGUUUGCCCUAUUUUCAUGUGUGUAAGGCACAUUUGCUCUUGCUUAUGUAGCCUUUAGAGCUUGUUCUGUCCUUGCUGUGCUCAAAGGAACAGCCUUGAGUGGUAAGUGUUGCUAUGUUAUUAUUAACUGUGCUCUGCUGUAGUCUCCUGAUUAAGCUGCACCCUGCUCCACUCUCUGCCUCUUAAUUACCUUUCUCAGAUCUGAGAGGAUGUUGCUUGUGCUGGUCUCCAGGAAAGCAUUUGUGUUGUUCCCACCACUGUGCUAUGUAUAAACACAACUUCCCCUCCCAAGACAUGCUCAGAUGGGAACAGCUUCCUUCUAUUUGGGUUUUGCCAUUGCACUUCAAAGACACUUUUCACUGGGUACUGCACAAGUGCCUUUAGGGUUUCUGCUGUUGGUAGUGCAAACAGAUUGUCAUAAUCUUGAUGCUCAAAACGGUCUGGGAGAAAGCAGAAGGAACAUCAUGCCUGUUGUAAAGGGCUGCCAUACCUCCCUCACUACCAGGCAGACAGCACCACACCUGGAUCUCACUCCUCAGUCCUUCAACUCUGCAGAGUUCUGCUUCAAUAGCGUCAUGGAGCUUGGAAGCCUUUCCUGUAACACGAGUUUAGAAAUGAAAUAGUGUAAAAUCUGUCAUUUGAUUACAGUGCUGCUGUUCAAAAAAGUCUAGGUUUAAAUGGCCUCUAGUUACAUGGAAAAUCAGAACACCUUCUAAUAAACAGGAUUGGCCGUGAAGGCCUAUAGCACAAGUUACAACCUUCUGCAUAAACAGUGCUUAGCAUUGUCAUUAUCUAGCAAUAAUCCUUAUUUGUAUGGUACACAAAUUGUGGCAGAACCUUCUAUUUAUCUAACCUGGAAAAAAUUUCCUGAACAGGCUCUCUGUAAUUUCCACACAGAAUUGGCAGUUUUCUUCCUCCUCUCAGCAGAUCUUUAAUAGCCAUGUAUUGCAUUUCUGUGCUAGCAAACCUUCAUUAUUAGACAAAAUGUACUAGAAUGUUAUGGAGAAAUAUCUUAAAUAAUUAAACAGAAACUAUGAGUGACAAAACAAAUGAACAAA